GUCAGGUCCUGGCGCUUCACAAUGUCCUCAGUACUUCCUGGCAGCUUCCGUUUUGCCGCUUCGCUGCCGCGGAGCAUUCCUACGAACACCUAGCUUGGGCGCUUGAUACGAGCGCUAUAUCUGAGAAUGCUUCUUGCCUCAUGGUCGGCCGCGACAAUCACACCGAGACAGCGCUAAUUCACCUGUUAUUUACCUCAGCUCUUUCGGCUCACCGUAUAUUCUAUGCUUUCUGGCAAAAAUGAUUGAUCAGGCCACUCUUCAGACUGCGACAUAUAACAUCAGGCAUAUAGCUACCGGACAAUACGUUGCUCUCAAGGACAUCAAGAGAACUUCGACUUUGAUUGUCCUCCAAGAUAGUCACUUUGAACACCUUGCAUGGGUUUUGGACAAGCUGGCAGGACUUGAAGACACGUAUCAUGUCAGAAGUUUCCUGCAGAACACUUUUGCUCAGACGGGAGAGUCUCCCACCGCGGGCGCUGGAAUCACUUCUGGGACAGAAUCAUACCCAUGGCUCAUUCGUCCCGCCGCCAGCGGUUUUGGUGACUUCUAUCUCAUUUCACCUCAGUCAGAUCCCUCUCUCUAUUGGACCAUCGUAAAGACAAGGGAUGGUACAAAUGCUAUACUAACCAACAAUCCACAGCAUCAUGUAUACUGGGAAUUUGUCAAGAUAUCUGCCUAAGGAUGAAAGCUGGGAAUUGGGUGGGUGGUGACACUGGGCCUGGGGUGCCAGAGUGGAGUGCGAGGUGUCAUAGUUCAGGGUCACGUCCAGCCAGAUCUCAGCAGAAUUUUUGUGUAGGUAGUACUGUUUUCUGUGUUCUAAAUGGUUCAUUAAAAUUUCAUGAAAAAACUCAUCAUGC